UCAAUCUUACAUAUCGCCUUCAAAGAGGCGAGCGCUGCUGCCCAGGACAUCUGUGAUAAACGGACUCGAGACAUCGUUUUUCCAGGUUUUUUCCCCGCCCAUGCGAUUACUACAUAAUAUUUCACAUAAAAGCCACUUGUUUCAUCUUAUAGGAUGAAGACAUAACAGCGAGUCUUCAUUUUAUUCUCAUUCCAGGAUAUUGCUCACUAAUCCCACACGAGAUGACGCGACUUUGGAUUACUUUUUUGCAGUUUCUAACCGGCAUUCCCCGCAGAUAAUACAGCAUCAACGUCCGAUCGGCUCCUGACGCACAAAAACGACACAUUUUGCAAUGAUUGAGUAGACGCACUCCUGCUUGCGCUCUUUGUGCAGAGCGCGCACACACAUGAGCAAUGUGACAGGAGCUCUCAUCCAAAUGUUUUAACCGGAAUUUAACAAGUGGCGACAUUCUAUGUUAUUUUUUAACUUUUCCUGAAAAGUCUGAAUGAGGAUGCACUAGAGCUGAAAGUCUGGGACGACAACCGGAAAAAAAUAUCUCGAGCGAGGGGACCUCCGCUCCACAUCCGAGUUAUGAUGAGUCCUGCAGGGGUAAUGUGGAUCCUGCUCCCGUUGUGCUGUCUGCUCCCCGGAGCCUCCAGGGCAGCCACUCUUACCGGAUUGCAAGACACCAUCAUCGGUCCAGAGGUGUUUAAAGCUGUGGCUAACUUCAGCACGUUCCUCCUGGAUCCCACGUCUGGCGUGCUUUUCCUGGGUGCCAGAGACACCAUAGUGGCAGUGGACACCAAUAAGCUGACCGAGACGCCACGCACGGUGGUUUGGGAUGUACCACAGGAGGGCAGGAACAUUUGUAUGAUGAAAGGAAAGACGGAGGAGGACUGCCGCAAUUACAUCCUCUUAUUGGAGUUCCAUUCAGAUGGACAGCACAUCUACGUGUGUGGUACCUAUGCCUUCGACCCAAAGUGUGCCUUCCUGGAGAUGUCCUCCUUCACUAUAAAAAAGGACGCUGAUGGGCAGGUCAUUAUGGAGAUGGGGAGGAAGAAGGUGCCCUUUGACCCCAGGAAGCCCUUCACAGCAGUUAUGACAGGCGGUCUCCUGUAUGCCGGCACCUCCAUCAACUUUCGCGGCACAGAAUUCGACAUCACCCGGGCAACGGGACCGGAGCAACAGCAGAUCCGGAGCGAGCAAAAAGUGUACUGGCUUGAUGAACCUGAUUUUGUGAGCUCAGCCGUCGUGGAGCUGUCGGCUGACAACAACGUAACGGGAGAGGACGACAGGAUCUAUUUCUUCUUCAACGAGGCAGCCAUGGAGUACACCUUCUAUUCCAAAGUCAGAGUACCCAGAGUGGCACGGGUGUGCAGGUCUGACGUCGGGGGGCUGAGGACGUUGCAGCAACACUGGACCACCUUCCUCAAAGCAGAGCUGGUGUGCGAGGACAAAGUCAGACAUCAACGCUACGACAUCCUGCAGGAUGUUUUCACCUUGCGACACUCAGCUGAAGAAGCCGGCAGCACGCACUUUUACGGUCUUUUCACCACGCAGUGGGAGCCGGAACAGUCCGCAGUUUGUGUUUUCAGCGUCUCUGACAUCAUCAGAGUAAUGAACGGCCCAUUUAAAAAGCGCAUUGACAAAACAGACACACCCACACCAGUGGGCUCGCCGAGGCCUGGCCAGUGCCUGAACAGCGCUCUCAAGGCCGAGGGCUUUGACUCAUCUCUGAAAAUCCCAGACAACCUGUUGGCGUACGUGAGAAAUCACCCGCUCAUGCAGCAAAGUGUCAACGCGGCGCCCCUGCUGGUCAGGAAGGGAGUCAAGUACACCAAACUGGCCGUCACGCUCACGGACCAAAGAGGAGAGGGACAACGAGGAGCAAUUCUGCACCUUGGAACAGACUAUGGCGAGCUCCACCAGGUGGCAGUAAUGGGCGAGAAUGCCACCUUACUGCGGGAAAUUCCUUUAUUUGACGCAACAGAGCCCAUCAACAAUAUUUUCCUGCACCAAGGCUGGGCUCUGGUGGGCAGCCCCCGGUCUCUUGCCCGCAUCAGGUCUGAAGAGUGCACGGUCUAUUUUAGUUGCGCAUUGUGUGCCAGAGUCCGAGAACUGGGCUGUGAAUGGGACGCAAGGAAGGGAACCUGCUUGUCCUCGAUGGUGCCGCCUGGUAGUGGUGAUGUCAUAGAAGACGCCUUGAGGAGAUGUGAUGCCCAGGAAGAACGUUGUUCCCCACCCAUCAAGGAACUGCGCGUUUCCCUGGGUCUACAUCUCCGGUUGCCAUGCGCCCAGCUGUCCCCCAGACCAUGUAGCUGGGAGUACCCCCCGCACAGUCUCACCAAGCAGCGUUACCCCGACCUCGAGGUGACCGUCACCACGGACGGUCUGGGAAGUUACGUCUGCAUAUGCCAGGAGGGACAGAUCCAUGACCCCGCCCCCUGCCGUAGAGCAGCCUAUCAGCUGACGCUGGAGGACCCGAGCACCGCAGGAGCCGUGGGUGGAUGCACACGCCACGUUGUCGCCUUCUACGUCCUCUUCUUCUUCGGGGGUUUAAUAUUCGGAGUGAUACUCUUCCACUUUGUGAAACGUCGCCACUCAAGUAACACAUGCGACCACCCGCCGCCGGGGAAGUCUGCCGCCCCACAGACGCCGUGCAACACCAGCCUCCUCCAUGAGGGAUUCCGACUGACUGAAAAACGUAACGGGAUAGCGGCCACCACGACAGGCAAUGGCAGUCACCAUGGAAACAGUAUUAGCGGCACAACAACCGGCAACAAAGCUAUAAACGGGAGCGGAAACGCUUUGUACGCCAAUUACAACAUUUUAUCAGUAGAUGUCCUCGACGGACGGACUGCCAGAAGAGAGAUAGGAGAGAGGGACGCUCAAAUGGAUGAGGACCUCGGGGACGGGAUAGCGGGACUAGAGGAGGAGCUCGCCAGCUUUCCCAUGUUUAAAUCUUCAGCACCACUCGCACCAUGUGAAGAAAGCUCAAUUUGACGUCAGCAUCUUCAUCACUCCGGAAGCCACGAGGAGCAGAAAUGGCGCCGACAGUGUCUGCCUUUUAAUAAUGUCAUGGAAAGACACCAAAGAGAUAUGACAUAUGUUACGGUUUCUCUAAUCAUAAGACACCAGAGAAACAUGGAGAGAUGCUACACUGUACGUCACAACGGUGAUGUUGAAGCAAACAUGGCCGUGACCCUCAUGUGCAAUCGGGAGCAUUUAGAAGAAGGAAGGACAGAGAAAAGCCAACCGUCUAUUCUAAUUACGCUCUCACUCUUUUUCCUCCAAAGAGCACUGAAAAACAGAACUUUGACAUUCAACACCGUUGUCUCAAUCCCAAAAGGCACCAAAGGACUGCUGAGCCGUGGACUGAGUGGUUUGUUCUUUGCUGCAGCUGAGGAUGUUGGAGUUUGUCACCAGUGUGGAAGAGGAAAAGAAUCCACCUACCCUUGUUCCCUUUAUGUUGUAUUGUCUUUUUUUCUAAUAAAAAUACUAAAACAUU